AUGUGGUUUCGGAUCGAAGCCCUAGGCGAAGCGGAGAUGGUGCAAGCCAUGUCUUCGCGCCGGCGAUCGAAGGAAAAGACCACGGUCUCGCAGGCCAUGUCCAAGUCGCCUAUUUGUGUGCCUUCCGUGGAUCUCACACCGCCUCCGAAGGAAGAAGCACCGCCCUCCGACCUUUGCCAGGUCGAGACCCCACCGCCGGUUCCGCUGCCCUUUGCUUCCUUGCAGAUGGCUGAGGCCGAUGGCUGUGGCGGCCUUGCAACGGAUGGCGUCCGAGGCAGCUCGGUGGCGUCCCGCCCAAUGGCGAUCGUGACGGUCCAAAGCAUGGCCGGGGCAACGAUGCUGGCGCCCUUGGCGAUCGAACAAGGAGUCGCCGAGUUGAAGCGGCACUUGAGGGCCUUGCCACAAUGCGCUGAAGGGGAUUUGAGCCUCCUCCUCGAGGGCGAAGUCCUCACCGCGGCGUCGCCGCUGAGCGGUGGCAGUUGGGAGGAUCCCUUGCUGAUCACCGCCUUGGUCACGGAGCAGACCUACCAGGUCGUGGCUUGGGGUCAGCACACUCUCUCCGCCUCCUGGAGGAGGGUGUCUCCGCAGCUGACUUCUGGCGUGCUCAGUGUGACCUCCGGGAUGGGCAACGCCUUUGCGGCGCGGAAAUCGGGUGGCCAGGUCGUUCCUGGGCGUUGA